GCCCGCCGCCGCAGCCAUGGCCGACACCGCCGCGCCGCCGCCGCCGCUGCCCGCCGCCCCGGGGCUCCCGGCUGCCCCCGGCAGCAACCCGCUGUCCCGCAAGCUCAACAAGAUCCUGGAGACUCGCCUGGACAACGACAAGGAAAUGCUGGAAGCACUCAAGGCUCUCUCGACCUUCUUUGUUGAAAACAGCUUGCGCACCCGAAGAAACUUGCGUGGAGACAUUGAACGACGAAGUUUAGCCAUAAAUGAAGAAUUUGUCCACAUAUUCAAGCAAGUUAAAGAGGAGCUGGAGAGUAUAAACGAAGAUGUGCAAGCGAUGAGCAGCUGCUGUGAAGAUAUGUCCAGUCGUUUGAAGGCAGCAAAGGAGCAAACCCAGGACUUGAUAGUAAAAACCACAAAACUCCAGGCAGAAAAUCAGAGACUAGAAAUGAAAGCACAAGUUGCAGACGCAUUCAUAGCAAAAUUCCAACUGACACCAGAUGAAAUGAACCUCCUUCGAGGCAUGAAAGAUGAGCCAAUUACUGAGGAUUUUUUCAAGGCUUUGGGAAGAGUAAAGCAAAUCCAUGAUGACGUCAAGAUUCUCCUCCGGACAAACCAGCAAAGGGCAGGCUUGGAAAUUAUGGAACAGAUGGCUUUACUGCAAGAGACAUCUUAUGAGCGACUUUACAGAUGGACUCAAAAUGAAUGCAGGACUUUGACACAAGAAUCAUGUGACAUUUCUCCAGUUCUUGCUCAAGCCAUGGAAGCCUUACAAGACAGACCUGUCCUCUAUAAGUACACCUUGGACGAGUUUGGAACAGCUAGAAGGAGUGCAGUAGUCCGUGGCUUUAUAGAUGCUCUUACUAGAGGAGGUGUGGGAGGUACUCCCCGCCCUAUUGAAAUGCACUCCCACGACCCUCUGAGGUAUGUAGGAGACAUGCUGGCCUGGUUGCAUCAAGCUACAGCUUCUGAAAAGGAACACCUAGAAGCCAUGUUAAAGCUUGUAACUAUUCAAGGUGUGGAAGAAAAUAUUCAAGAAGUAGUUGGGCACAUCACAGAAGGUGUCUGCAGGCCUCUGAAGGUUAGAAUUGAGCAGGUGAUUGUAGCUGAGCCAGGAGCAGUUUUACUGUACAAGAUAUCUAAUCUUCUGAAGUUCUACCACCAUACAAUCAGUGGGAUUGUAGGAAACAGUGCAGCCACACUGUUGACAACGAUUGAAGAAAUGCAUUUAUUGAGCAAGAAGAUAUUCUUUAAUAGCCUGAGUCUUCAUGCAAGCAAACUAAUGGACAAGGUUGAACUCCCACCUCCUGAUCUUGGCCCAAGCUCUGCACUAAAUCAGACACUGAACUUGCUGCGGGAGGUUCUGGCAUCUCACGACUCAUCUGUUGUUCCCCUGGAUGCCCGUCAGGCUGACUUUGUGCAGGUUCUGUCUUGUGUGCUAGAUCCAUUGUUACAGAUGUGUACUAUGUCUGCUAGUAAUUUGGGCACAGCUGAUAUGGCAACCUUCAUGGUAAAUUCGCUUUAUAUGAUGAAGACUACUUUGGCUCUCUUUGAAUUCACUGACAAACGUUUAGAAAUGCUACAGUUUCAGAUUGAAGCUCAUCUAGAUACACUCAUAAAUGAGCAAGCUUCUUACGUGUUGACAAGAGCUGGUCUAAGUUACAUAUAUAACUCUGUGCAGCAGCACAAACCAGAACAGGGUCCUCUUUCACAUUUGCCAAGUAUGGAUUCUGUGUCCCUGAAGGUUGCAAUGGCUCAGUUUGAUCGCUACCUCUCUGCUCCAGAUAGUCUGUUAAUGUCCCAGCUGAACUUUCUUCUGAGUGCCACUGUGAAAGAGCAGAUAAUAAAGCAGUCGACAGAACUGAUCUGCAGAGCUUACAGUGAGUUAUAUGCAGCUGUGAUGGAUCCUUCAAAUGAAUAUAAGGAUCCAGAAACCACACUACACCGAUCUCCUCAUCAAGUUCAGGCACUCCUUUCAUAGUCUUGCUUCCCCCAGAUUGAUCAGAACGUGUAAUUCUGUAUUUGUUAAAUACUUGCACUGAGUUAUUUUUUUUGUUUUGAAUUUUGAUGUGUAACUGUAUAGUUAAAGUAUGUAGGAAUGCGGUUUUGUUCAAUCUGCUUGGCACAAGUCUAGUCUUUCCUGUGUGUUUGAAUACCUUCUAUGGGCCAGAAAAUAGAAUAUAGAUUAAAAAUUAUUUUAAUGUAUUCCUCUAAUGGAAAGGGACCUUGACAACAUGCAGUCUCUUUGAAAAAGGGAGUAAAGGAGAAAGAAGGCUUUUCCUUGCUGUACAUAAUCCUUUCAACUAGAGACUGAACCAGUGUCUCUCACAACCUCACCAAUAUUUUUAUUUUUUCCCUGUUUGUUCACUCUUUUUCUCCGCCUACCAUCUACUGAAGGCUGAUAACUGUAAUUUUAAUACGACUGAUAUAUUUUGAAUGUCUCGAGUCCAUAAUGCUUACAGUUCAUAAAUCAUUUCAGAAUAUUUGAUGCUGUUUUUCAAAUCCUGUUGAUUGACUGUUUGGGGCAAAAUUUCUCUCCUAUUUUGGAAUCCAUUAUUGUUGUUACUAGUUCUGGUAUUUUCUGUAAAAAAAAAAAAAAAAAAAUACUUGAACUAUGUGCAGGUAUAUAACCUGGAACUUAAUGCUUUAAAUUAUUUGUAUAAUUUUGUUCUCUAGGAAGGGUUUUGUUUUAGUGCAGUUGUUCUGUAGGAAUUUUUGUAUCAGUUGAAACUUGCAGAUCUCUUAAGGCUGGGACCAGUGACAACGUAGGUUUGGAAAAUGGUUUGCACAGCGGUGUGGCCAUUCCUCCUUCACAUGUACGUGGGUUUUGGUUUGCCUGUUUUUUGGAGUACAGAAAAAGUCCAUCUGCUCUAGGACAGGACUUUAUUCAGUUAAUGAUCCACCAAGAGAUUUUCAGGGUUUGUAUGGGUGCAGUCGUGCCCUGAAAGCUACAGUUCACCGGUGGCAGCCGCGGGUUGUGCUGGGGGUUAUGUAGGAGAGCUGGGGGGUAGCUGUUCGCAGCUGGUGUGUGGGAAGCCUGGAGCAAACGUUUCAUUUCUUUCCUCCUUCAGCGCAAAGCUGACCCUGCUCUGUACAGAAACCCUAAUUCUGUAGGGAGUUACGAUUUGGGGGACCUUUGCUUCCAGUAAGAGGAAGACAGAUAAGUAGGACACUUGUUCUCUGUUGGGCCUUAUGAUAAUUUUCUGCAAGUUCUUUAGACAUAUUCUUCUUUUAGGAAAGCCUUGUUAUAGAGAAACCUUCAGGAAACUAAAAGUUAGUAAAAGGAAUUUGGGGUAUUUUGGGGUUAGGGCUUUUGUUUGCCUUUUUUUUUUUUUUUUUUUUAAGGAUAAUGUAAGCUGUUUUGUUGGAAGCAUUUAGCUUUUUUUUUUUUUUUUUUUUCCCCUCUGUUGUUGUAUGGGGGCCACAGAGUUAUUACAGUUGCCCGAGUUUACACUCAUAUUAGAUAUGUCUUAUUUAUAUACAUCAAGGGGGAGAUAAGUAGUCAUUCACAUUGAAUAACUUACAUAUUUUAUUUUUAUCAGUAAUAAUAUUCCCCAUAUGAAAUGCGUAUUUAGCGGCAGCCGAGUCUGCAGUUUAGUGUAUGCUUGCCGAAGAGCAACAGCAAGACAUUUUAGUCUCUUGGAAAACUCGCUGCAGAAGAUCUAUCCAGUGCACUCAGAAAUCAGCUUCCUUGGUAAUACCACAGUAAAGCAAUAGCUCCUUUUCCAAAUAGGCAUAAUUUGUUGGUAUAAUAGAAAAAGAUUUGAAAGUGUAAGUGUCCCUGGGGUUCUUGGAUCAGGCGUAAAUUCUUCUGUAAAUGUGAAUGUUAGGUUUAUUUUAUUUAAAAACCCUAGACCAGUAAGACAAAAAGUUCUGGAGGCUUGGCAGAGUUCUAAUGGAAAAUACGCUCUCUUAUUAGGUGAGGCACUUUGAAUGACUCAGAUUUUGCAGUACCAUAGCAUAUAUUCAGAAGGCUGCUCAUUGUUGUUUAAUAAUGUUAAUGUUGCUCAAUAUGCCUGUAAUUAUUAUCUAAUAUGUGAAAAUUACAUCAGUUGUGAAAGGAUUAUAAAUUAGCUUGUUAUUAGAUUAACAUACUCAUAAGAGUGAACUUUUUCCUGAAAUUACACUCAACCUCAGUCUCCAGUAACCAGUCAGUAGUUUGCAUGAGGAUUAGUAAGAAGUUGCUUCCCGUCCUUGAGUCCACGGGGAGACUUCGCCGUGGAUUCAUCUGCUCUUAAAAAUGCAAAAGCUGUCGAAGCUGUAACUUCCAAAACCCAAAGUCAAUCUCCAAUUCGGGUUUGUUCGAUUAAAGUAAAUGAGAAAGGGUCGCAAAUGAGAGCGGACAUCAAUAAAAGCGUUUGAUUUCCCGC